GCGCCAGGAGGAACGGCCCGGAUUCUGGGCGGGACUUUCUCCUCGGGAACUGGCAGAGCUCGGGGGAGGGCCCGAGAGAGCACUAUUUUUAUAGGGAGGGGAUCGGGAAAGGGGAUGAACCCUUCAAGAGUUGGCCAAGCCUGUGAUUUCCUGGAGCUGGGAUUGAGAGAGGGGGUGAGGAAUAUAGCCCCCUGGGACUUCAAUAGGAGGGGCGGUCGCCAGAGGCACGGGGUCUUGACGAAGGCUCGGGGGGGCCAAGACCAUGAGGCUGAGGAGGAAGGCGGACGCUGCACUCACCCUGCUCCUGGCCACCGCGCUCUGUCUGCUCCUCUACUCGCAGCGCGAGCAGGGGCCCCCCGCGGGCAGCCUGGCCGGCGGCCGGCCCCGGAUGGCCGCCGGGCCGGCCCCUCCGCCCUUGCCCACGCGCCCUGGCUGGGGACCGCAGGUGGUGCGCGCCUUCCCGGCGGCCGGGGCCGAGCAGGCCGCCUACGAGGGGGACACGCCGCCGCCCCCGACGCCCUCGGGGCCCUUCGACUUCCGGCGUUACCUGCGGGACAAGGACAAGAGGCGCUUCCCGCUGCUCAUCAAUCAGCCGCAGAAGUGCAGGGGGCUUCCGGGCGGCCCGGGGCCGGACCUGCUCAUCGCCGUGAAGUCCGUGGCCGCGGACUUCGAGCGGAGGGAGGUCGUGCGGAAGACCUGGGGGGCCGAGGGGGAGGUGCGCGGGGCGCGGGUGCGCCGGGUCUUCCUGCUGGGGAUCCCCCGGGGCCGGGCCGGGGCGCAGGCCCAGGAGGGCCUGCUGCGGGCCGAGGGUCUGGCCUACGGGGACAUCCUGCUCUGGGCCUUUGACGACACCUUCUUCAACCUGACCCUGAAGGAAAUCCACUUCCUGGACUGGGCGUCCGCCUUUUGCCCCGACGCGCGCUUCGUGUUCAAGGGCGACGACGACGUGUUCGUGCACAUGGAGAACCUGCUCGAGUUCGUAGCGACCCGGGACCCGUCCCAGGACCUUCUGGCCGGGGACGUGAUCCUGCAGGCGCGGCCCAUCCGCGCUCGGGAGAGCAAAUACUACAUCCCCGAGGGCGUGUACGGGCUGGGCGCCUACCCGGCCUACGCGGGAGGCGGGGGCUUCGUGCUGUCCGGGGCCACGCUCCGGAGGCUGGCGGCGGCCUGCGCUCAGGUGGAGCUCUUCCCCAUCGACGACGUCUUCCUGGGCAUGUGCUUGCAGCGCCUGCGCCUGGCGCCCGAGCCGCACCAGGCGUUCCGCACCUUCGGCAUCGAGCGGCCCUCGGCCGCCCCGCACCUGCGCACCUUCGACCCCUGUUUCUACCGCGAGCUGGUGCUGGUGCACGGGCUGUCGGCAGCCGACAUCUGGCUCAUGUGGCAGAUGCUGCACGCGGUGCCAGGGCCCGACUGCGCUCGAAGGCGCACGGCCCCGAAGCCCUUCCGCUGGGGCUCUUAGCGGCCGAGCCAGGGGUGGGAGCGGAGGAGGGGCACAGUGUUAAAGAGCUGGGGUCCUCCCAGCCCUGCCGCGCGCGAACAUCUCCGAACCCUAUUUCCUUGCCUGUAAAACGAAGGCCUUUGCUUGCUGGUAACAAGCUCACUUUUAAUUAUCUGGUCCUUGGAUGUCAGCAGAGCCGAAGGAAAACUUGUUGACACCAAUUCUCACCUUGUUAAUCUUUUAAAGCUCUGUCCGAGGCACUUGAGAUGGACAAAAGCCGGCUGGUCUCUUCCUUCAAGGAUCUCACAUGAAUAAUGAAAUACAAAGGGGGAGCCUCCCCGUUAGGUGGAAUACCAUUCGGACCCACAAGAAUCUCCAACAUGGAGAGUUCGUGCUCGAAUGGCUUGAGCUGAGCUUUCUGCCAAGGACCUCUGGGUAGGCCCAUUAACGUUCCCACUGGUCCAACCUGGACUGCCCAGUAGCUUCACACAAGUCUGUUUCUCAAAUGCUGGACUGCAAAGCUAGGUCUAGAGGAAUUGGCCCAGCCAGGUCAUCAGCCAGUCACAAAAGGGGAGGGCGCCCAGGGCAGCUUUUGGCAUAGAGCCAGGAAUCUCAACCGCAUUUUCUGAGCUUUGAGGGAAGCCAGUCUGCCUUUCCAUACCCCAUCUCAUCCCACACCUUAACUCUCUUCACCUUAUUUGGAAGCUGCCCCCUGACAAAUAUCCAAUUCUUGCUCUAGAUUAUUUUUGUGCGAGACAAUUGGGGUUAAGUGACAUGCCUAGGGUCAUACUAGGGUUGUGUCCUUGGGUGGAUUUGAACUCGGGUCUUCCUGACUCCAGGGGUGAGGGCAACAGCAUUGGCAGGAUCCAGCUUGGAGAAGGCAGCCUACUCCCUAGGCUUACUUCUGUAUGGAGAAAGGUGCUUUUGCACAUUUGGCUGUAUGUAUGUGAAUGUAGAGCUCCUUAAUGCUCUCCGCUUCUAAAGAUCCUGGUUUUCUCCCUGAACAUCUGCUGUCAUCCUUUCUAACUUCAUGUAAGCCUCAAAUACAUAGUGGCUUGGAUAGAGAAUUUGGUCAGAGGGGAGGGACUUACAGGUCAGUCUUUUCAGGGCUAGUGCUAUUUCCUCUACAAUUACUUUCUGAGUGACUGUGGAUAGGUCUUUAUUAUGUGCAUCUUCUCUAUCUGGAACUCUUAAAGAGUGCAGGGCUUUUUUUUUUUUUUUGCUUUUUCUUUGUAUCCAGGACACUUAACCCAGUGUUAAGUUUUUAUAAUAUGACACAUAAUGCUUAAUGAAAGUUUCUUGAUCGACAAUCCCCCCAAAUCCUUGUAUGGAUUUUGAAAUACUUUAACCUACCUGUCCCUCCCUCUCCCCCUUACUAUAUUGAUCUAAUUCAGGCUAACAUAAGUAGACUUCCAAGUAGAUUUCCUAGAGGAACAUUUUGGACAUCUGUCUUAAAUUUCAACACCUUCUGCAAGAAUCAGGACCAGGUAAUGUGGAAUAUAAGAACAUCAAAGAUUUAGGGCACUACAAAGUUGAGGAAAGAGUGGUCCAGAGAGGUUAACUCCCCCAAUUUGAGCAGCACAGCCAUUAAAACCCAGGUCUUUGGACUUCAAGCAUUCUUGCUACUGUAUCACAGUUGGCUCUGGAAGUGAAGUCAGGAGUCAUUUCCCUUAUCUGAGAAAUGGACCAGCAGAAGUUUUAGUUCCUACGGUCAGUAGCAAAAUUUACUGAUUUAAGGGGCUCCUUCCCUCCCACAACCUUUCAUUUUGGGGGUAGGGUUUGCAUUCCCUCUAUCAGAGUCCCGUCUCCCCAUCCCUGUCUACUUCUCCCAGGGCCUUGUACACAAAGUAGUUAUUUAAUUAAUUUAUUGAACUGAAAAUUGUCCCAGAACCUUAGUAAUCUAUAGACUCCUGGAGAAAUGGCCAGAACUCUCACUUAUUGGCAGAUCUAGUAUUUUUCUUGGAGGAACUAGACUUAAGAGUGUGGAUACUUGGAACAGGACAAAGAGGUGGGUACAGGGUCAACUUUGGGUGAGUUCUACUCACUAUGAAAAGCCACUGGUGAUCUGGGCUCCAGGACGAGAGCUUGGCAACAAUAACUGUGACUGGGGUAAGGUCUAGUUUGGAAGGAAGAAGCUGGCCUAGUUCAGUCCUUUAUAGGAGCCAAGAAGCUGGGAGGUGGGUGGGCUGAUUUGAAGUCUGACAUAAUCUAUGGUGUGAGAAGCUGAGAACAGACAAGUUCCCCCACAGCAAGCAGCUAGGCUUGCUGGAAGCUUGAGGAACAUAACUAUUUCCCACCUGGUGAUAAAGUAAUGACGGUGGAGCACAGGAACAUUUCACAGCUAAGAGACAAGGAAAGACCCUUGAAAAAGCAGCAUCACAUUUCUGGGCCCUUCCACAUUGACAGGAAGGGAAUACCCAUCUUGGGUAUUCCCUGACCUUUAUGCACCCGAAGACACUGGUUCAAAUGCUAUGGCCACAGGGAGAGGUAGCCAGACUCCCAACUGAGCUAAGUUUCUGGCAGGUACAAGAAUCUGACCUCCCAUGUCAAAGGCUCCCAGGGGACCUCUGUGGUUCCAUUCCCAGAAAGCACCAAAAGGACAUGACCAAGAAGCAAUGAUACCUAGUCACUGUGCUGUGCACCAGCCAGUGCCCAAGGGAGAGCCCCGCUUUAUUAGCCUUUCAGGACACACAUAUCUCUGGGGAAUGUACAAGGGCUACAGAACCAAGGCGAUUAAAGGCGAGGAGGGAUAGCAGGGAGAGCCAGCAGGCAGGGAAUCAGGCAAGGGGUCACCUUCAAGAGAGGUAGCUCCUAAUAGUCCUUUAUUUCCUUGGCCCUUGGCAGGUAGAUUCCCAAUUGUGGUUUCAGUCAGACAGUCUAGAAUGUCACAGCCCAUAGGAAGAUGACAAAGUAACAGGAAUCCCAUAAGCACACACUCACACACGCACACACACACGCACGCACAUGCACACUUUUCCCCUGCUCCUGGAUCCAAAAACAUUAGGUUCCAGUCUACUAUCUCAUUCAUCAGUAAACUAUUUAGGAUUAUACUGUACAUGA